AUGCCAACAUCCAAAUCCAUCCACCCUUUCAAGCUCUCAUUCCCUUCAUCCACUCUCGAUGACUUGCAAACGCGCCUUCGGUUGACCCGCUGGCCAGACAACGAGACAGUGACCGACUGGUCUCAGGGCGUUCCCCUUGCAACAAUCAAAACCCUUUGCGAGUAUUGGCAGACAAAAUACAAUUGGCGGCGAUGUGAAGAAUUGCUCAACUCAUACCCUCAAUUCACGACGACCAUUGAUGGUGUAGAGAUCUACUUCUUACACAUUCGGUCAAACCACGAGAACGCUCUUCCCAUGGUCCUUACACAUGGCUGGCCGGGAUCAAUUCUAGAGUUCAGACAUGUAAUUGACAAGCUCAUCGACCCCGAGUCUCACGGCGGCUCUCCCGAGGACGCAUUCCAUCUUGUCAUCCCAGCUCUCCCAGGCUACGCGUUCUCCAGUAAACCGAAGGAAGAAGGUUGGGACUACCGUCGAACCGCACUUGCAUGGUCUGAAUUAAUGCAACGAUUGGGCUAUGCAGACAGUGGAUGGGUGGCUCAAGGCGGCGACUGGGGUGCCCAUGUGGUCGCAAGCCUAGGCCACCAAGCACCAAAGGGACUGAAAAGUGUUCAUAUGAAUUCCGUGUUCCUUGAGCCGAAGAAAGAAUCUCAAAUACCAAGCCAAGAUAAGACAGGCGAAGAAAGAGCUGUGGAGCGAGACCGCUAUCGGGACGUAGGACAUUACGGAUACUACACCCAGCAGUCAACCAAACCGCAGACCGUUGGCUACGGGCUUGCUGACUCACCCAUUGCGCAGGCUGCUUGGAUUUAUGAAAAAUUCAGGGACUGGUCCUACCACGAUGGAAAUGUGAAGACUGUGUUCAGUACAGAUGAGAUGCUCGACACAAUUAUGUUGUAUUGGCUCUCUAACUCUGCAACAUCAUCUGCCCGUUAUUAUUGGGAGUGCCGGGAGAUUGACUCGACCGCGUGGCCGAUUGAUAUGCCAGUUGGCGUGAGUUGGUUUCCAGGCGAUUCGACUUAUGGUCCGAGGGAAUGGUGCGAAAGGUACUACAAGAACAUUGUGCAUUGGAAGGAGAUGGACAGAGGGGGCCACUUUGCGGCGUGGGAGGUACCAGACCUCUUUGUUGCAGAGAUACGCGAGUGGAAAAGUAAGAUCAGGUGA